CAAACCUAAAGCAAACAACGCAAGUAUUAUCCACCUACCACGUGUUACAUCUGAUCGGGUUUGAAGAAACUGGCAACUCUCUAUUCCCCCUUCAACCAUCUAGUUGCGCCGAUGAUAUCAUCGUUCAAUCACUUUGACUCAGACCUCUCUCCUGUCGUGCUUCUACUUGUCUAGGCAAAGGUCUCACUUCUUUCUGCUCCCUUCUUUCUGUUUGCACAUCUCAGAGCCCCACGAUGGAAUCUGCCUCUGAUCUCAUCGCAAGACCUCUCCCUCCCAUCAACAAAUUAAACGGGACCAACCAUCCCUCCGUCUCACGUGAAAGUAUUUCAGCUCGCUUCCUCCACGAAUGGGAGGGGUUUGAAACAGAUGUCCGCCAGGCCUGCAAUGAACUGGAUUUAAGCCAGAUGAUACUUGCGACCGAUGAAUCUGAAGAAUGGCGCACAGGCACUGAACUGGGCCUGACAGGUCGCUUUGCUAAGCACGUUGGUGAUGCCGUCAUGAAAGCCUUAUCUGUCACCGAUCUUUCAGAUGUAAAAUUUGGCGAUUAUCAGACUAUCACCCCGCACGAUCCGGACAAUAUACCUGAUGUUAUAUUGCUAGAGCUGCCUGACACGGCUUUGCUUGUGGGUGAGAUUGAAACGUUUUGGACUUUAUCGCUUGAACGGCACCCUGUACGGCGAGGUUUCUCCACUCUAGUACCUUUGCAAUCUCACUUCGGCCAGCUAGUGUCUUACAUGCGUUGCCAAGAUUUAAAAUAUGGAUUUCUUUCCACUUAUAAGUCCACCGUUUUCAUGAGGAGAGUUGCACCCUACCGAUUCGAGAUCUCCAUGCCGAUACUCGCGAGCUCCACCAACCCAUCAGUUCGCCAAUGCUUCGUAGCGAUAGCGAAAAUGGCUUCUCAAGACCCGGACUUUUUUGAGUCACCGGACUUUGCCCCCGAACUUUUAAAAGUCUCGUCUCGUGAUAGUUUCCAGGCGUCCACGCGGCCAUCACCGCUCAGAAAUCAAGUGGUUCCUAAGGAAGCAACCGGUGAAAAGAUUGGAUGCUCCUCGAUAUUCUUUGGAAGGGACGCUAGUGAGGCACAAUCCUGGAUUAACUGCAAACGGCUCCUCCAUGGCUCCAAGCAGAAAGCCAUCUACGAAGUUACCUGGAAUGGUGAGCCCGCCGUGGCUAAAUGUUGGUCGCCCUCGUACGAACAAUUUUAUGUGCACGAAUCCAUCACAUAUGAGAACAUUCACGCUAAGAGGGAGCUGGGCUAUGAAUUCUUUCCCAAAUUGCUGAACCACGGUGCCAUAGCUUGCUCAUCGAUCUUCCCAAAGGGUUACGUCCUAGUCAUGACCAAAGUACCAGGCAAAAUUUUGGCUGACCUCUGGGAUACGCUGUCCGGCUCCGACAAGGAGCAUGUGCGUAAAGAAAUACGCAAGGCCGUGGUGGUCCUUAGAAGCAUUUCAGCCAUUGUUGUCGAUUCCGGCAAACACAACGUCCUCUUUGACCCAGCCACUCGGGCUGUGACGAUGCUUGACUUUGAACUCAUGCAAGCGUGCGAACCGGACACUCAAAGUCCAGACUGGCCAGAGAUGCCUACGAUAUUCGGGGAUUUGGCUCGUCCCGCCCGCGUGCGGCAUGGUGGUUAG